GUUACCACGUGACAUAUGUUUACAUCCUCUCAGCUGUUUCUUCUGCGUGGAGAAGAAAAGACAAAGGUGCUCAACUCUCUUUAAAACAAUUACAUGGAUGCAAUAUUCUGUGAAAUCAGCGCGAUAUCGUGAGCCAGUUUCCACUCCAUCGGCUUUCUCUAAAUUAUUUCAGUGAUCCACGGAAAACGGCAAGCUAGGUCAACCACCUGGCCAGGCUACCAGGAAUUUUCCCAGUUCAUCCCCUGCCGCCCUGUUGUACAAAUUGGAGCCAGAGAUACUGCCCUUCCAAGUGGUGAAAAGUGGGAAGUGUUUCUGCUGUUCUGACUGAUGUGGGGAAGUCAUUCCAUCACUGGGGACAGCAGGUGGACUUGGAAGUACAGGCACAUAGAAGGAGAGGCGCCAGGCUUGCUGAGAUUGAAGAAUAAAGGUCUAACUGGUCUGGUUUGAUGAUCUCCUGAAGACGCCCCCUGGCAGGGAUGAUCUGAUCCCGCGAGGAAAGCCGCCCCCCCCCCCAAGGUGACCGCUUUCCGUGCGCGCGACAGCCACCGGCGACCCCCCCCUGCCCUGCAGUUUCGAGCGCCCGAGAUCUCCACCGGCCAUGGGAGGUGCCGUCAGCGCUGGCGAGGACAACGACGACCUGAUUGACAACCUGAAGGAGGCCCAGUACAUCCGCACCGAGAGGGUGGAGCAGGCGUUUCGCGCCAUCGACCGUGGCGACUACUACCUGGAGGGCUACAGGGACAACGCUUACAAGGACCUGGCCUGGAAGCAUGGGAACAUCCACCUGUCGGCGCCCUGCAUCUACUCCGAGGUCAUGGAGGCGCUGAAGCUCCAGCAGGGGCUCUCCUUCCUCAAUCUGGGCAGUGGAACGGGCUACCUGAGCACCAUGGUGGGCCUAAUCAUAGGGCCGUUUGGAGUGAACCAUGGGGUAGAGCUCCACACAGACGUUGUUGAGUAUGCCAGGGAGAAACUAGAUGACUUCAUUAAGAACAGUGAUAGCUUUGAUAAGUUUGAGUUUUGUGAACCCAGCUUUGUGGUGGGAAAUUGUUUAGAAAUCUCCUCUGACAGCCACCAGUAUGAUCGCAUUUACUGUGGGGCGGGAGUACAAAAGGACCAUGAAAACUAUAUGAAAAUCCUGUUGAAAGUGGGCGGGAUUCUGGUGAUGCCAAUAGAGGAUCAGCUGACCCAGAUCACCAGAACUGGCCAGAGCACCUGGGAGAGCAAGAACAUCCUGGCAGUGUCCUUCGCACCGCUCGUCCAGCAGAACCGGCCCGAAGGAAGCAAGCCUGACGCCGUAAAGCUCCAAGGGGUUGCUUGGAAACAGCUGCUGACUGCUGACCAGUGUGCCCAUUUAACAGAGAGAUGGACUAUUGAGGAGAAACUGCUAAAAUGCUACUUAGCCACCUCAAAUUUUGUGUGUCUGCGGUCGUGGUCUUACUUCUGUGGGAAGCUCACCAAGACCUUACUUACUGCUAAUACAGCCCCCAUCGCCGUGAGGACCCUGCAGGACCUGUCGCGCAUCUACAUCCGCCGCACCCUCCGCACGCUGACCAACGAGGAGAUCCAGGCCCGGGGCACGCCGCAGAAGGUCCCGCAGAAGCGCAAGAGACGGCGCUGCCGCCGCCGCCGCAUCAACACCUACGUCUUCGUGGGCAACCAGCUGAUCCCGCAGCCGGCCGAGAGCGAGGAGGACGAGCGCAUCGAGGACGAGAGCAAGGAGGAGGAGGACAAGGACAGCGGCGAGGCCCUGAAGCCGGACGAGCCGCAGCUCAACCUGCUGAGGGACAGGAUCAUGGCCCUGCCGCUGCCCGAGGCGCUCAAGGCCUACCUGCUGUACUACAGGGAGAAAUAGCAUUCCACUGUGAGAGGCUGUAGCGCCUGCUGAGACGUCCUUUCCUCCUCCCCGUGCGUGCUUUCCUUUCUCCGAGAUGUAGCAUUAUUUCCGAUUUCUCUGGAAGGCGGACCUGCUUUUCCGAAAAGACGCUCGACCGACCGAGUCGAUAUCGAUACGGCGCAGAGCAUUACCGCCGGACUUCUUCGUUUUUUCCAAGUUUUGAAACUUCUGUCCUCGUUGGCGAAUGCGAACGGAGAAAGCAAUCCGUAGUGUUGAACGGAGAAGGGACUGUUUUUGAGGAUCUUGUGGAUGUAGGGUUCUUUUCCUCCCUCGUGCUUCGCAAUCCCGAAACUCUUUCACGGUGAAAAUGUAUUGAAAUCUGAUCAUUAAAAUCUUUCCAAAAAUGUUGCAAAAAACAAGAAGAAAAUUCCACAUUUGUACUCACUUGGUUUAAAAAAAAUAAAUAAAAAAAAAUAUUUGAGAUGCUUUAUUUUAGGAUUUCACUGAAGAUUUAUCAGCUUGACAAAACAGAUUUUGCCAUUUCGACGUCAUUUUAAGAUCACUAUCCUAGCAUCAGUUUGAGGUUUAUUUUUGGCCUUUUACGAAAUAUUUGAGCUUAAUUUUUAAUUUCUUUUUGCAAAUGCACUUUUAUUUACUUUAGCUGUUGUUGUUGAAGGCGAUGGUGUGUCAGCAGCUAAGUGUGACGAACAAUGUAUUUUCAAGUAACCAUAGUUGGAUAAAGUUGUUAUGGAGUGGACUUGCGGGACCUUGGUGUAUGGUGAACUUCCUGUACUGAACAAAGCUUGUAAAAUGGGCUAUUUGGCAGGGUUUAUAGAGAGGGUAUGUUAUUAAACCUUCCGUUUUGUGAUUAUGAUGUAGGAAUGUGGGUGAUUUGGUGUCUGCUGAGGUGAGUAUAUAUGAAUGGAUGGGGUGCCCUCUGCAUUCAUGAAAUGCUUCCGUAAGACAGCAUGCCAAGUGACGCAUAACCACGUUUUAUUUGUGUGUGCAGUUUGAAGAUCAUAUCACUCACAUUGGUGAUGAAAUGUCCUUCCUCACAACAGUACUUUAUUGCAUACCUUAGUGGUUGAUCUGUAAAUGUCUCAUCUGAGCUGUAUUGGUAGAAUGCUGCUUUUGUGUUGAUAUGACAUGGAGAAUAUAAAGAUGGGGGGAAGCAAGUCAUGACAGAAGCAUGUUUAAGGCCGUUUUUUGGAUUUCAGCUUUGAUUGUCUCUCUCUUGCUUGUAGAACCUGUAAUGUCAGAGCCUUUAUAGUCUGUACUUUCACCAAAUGGGAUUUUGGGGUUGUAGAUGUGUUAAAUGUCUGUCUUCUUUGAUAUAGUGGAACAUAGCAUAUUUUUUGGUUGGAUUUUUUAUUUAAUUUUUUGCUCAGGCCUUUAAUCUUGCAAUGUAGGCUAAAGUGUGUGGGUUAAAGAGUAAUAUGGGGUUAUUCAUAUGUUUGUUGUCCAGUAUUUUAAGAGUGGUACCAUCCCAGGAUACGUUUCUUUUUCAUCUGUGCGCCAUUACUGUAAAGCCAGGGCGAGUUUAAAAGCAGCCAGUCUUCGUGCGAAAACAUCCCAUGCCAUGGCUUCCCAAAGAGCAUGUUGUGGGAAAGAAAAAAACCCCAGGACAAAUUCUAAUGCAUCAAGAAAGGAGGUCCUUAUUAAAUGCGGUGUGCAAUCAAGCAUGCUUUAAAAUGUGUGACUUUUCCCAAAAAGCACUCCAUUAACUGACAACUGUGGCUUACCGUUCAUAGAUUUCUUUUCAAACGUACAUUUCUUCUACUUAAUUAUUACCACAGAUGUAAGUGCCCAACCCCUUUGGUUUACCUUAAAACCAAAUGUGUCCACAUAUGGGGACAACGUAUUUGUAUUGCUCUAUUUUUCCAUAAAUCACGAGGAUCGGGUCAUUUUGCAUCAUGUGCAGAUGCAGAUGUUAUUUUCUGGCCAAUGUUGACAGAAUUCAAGGUUGCUAGUUCAUUCGUGCGACUGCUUUAAGGUCGAAUGCAUUUUUGUUAUUAAAAAAUGCAUAUUUUAACAUCUUCAAAAAGCAUUUAAAAGAAUAAAAUGGAAUAAUCUGGUAGGUCAUUGGGGAUAUACAUGCAUUUAAUAUGCAUCAUUCCCCAUGGCAAUAUCAGAUGCCUGGUUUUCAGGUGUCAUGUGUAGAUGACUAAACAUGAGAAAUGGUUAGGGACCCAAUUGCUCUCUCCAUUUGAAAUGUAUAAAGCCUACCAUAAUAUAAAGACAUGCAGGGAUGUGCAAGACAAUCUCUUUAUAUAGUAUAUUUAGAGGUAAUGUGAAACCCAUGAUAUAAUAAGAAAUAAUACCAUCCUACUGAAGACUUGGUAGCCCCCACCCCCCACCCUCACUGUAGAAUGGCUGGGACUGGUCAAAGCAGCUGAGCAUCUUGGCUUUUCAAAAAAAGAUACUUCCAUGCAUUGUGUGUAGAAAGCAAAGGAAAAGCAAUAAAGACCAAAGCGACCGGCAAAUAGUGGGCCUUAUUUAUCAAAUGGUUGUACGACCAAAUUUUAUCAUAAAACGUAUGAUUGAUAACGUGUCAAGUGUUUACAACCACACCUUGUGUAAAUAUCUGUGUGCAAGGUGCAAGACAUUAACUACGUUAACAACAGUUUAAGUGAAUAUUGGCUGUUUAUAACAGAGGCUGUUUGUACAGCUGCUUGUAUAGAUAAUAUUGCUGUGCACAUAAAAGUGUGUUAUUUCACAGCAUGACCUCUAACUAGCUAAUCUUCCUGCAUGCAACAAUCUGCAUCUGGCCUUGGCAUUGAGAAAAUGAGCCAAUAAAAAAAUGCAUGAAAAACUCCUUUAUAGGAUGAGGCGAUCCCCAUCAUUUUUAAGGAUAAUACCACACUCGGACGGAGGCCCAGCACCCACCCGUAGCGCAAGUUCUUUUCAUGAGCAGAGAUUUUUAUUUCAUUUAUUAAAUUUCUUGACUGCAGGGCAGACCACUGUAGACUUUAAUCUUUUUUUAAUUUAUCUCAACAUUCGACAUUGUGUCUAACUGACUAACAAUCAUUUGUUAUCAGGGUUUUUUUUUGUCACCCAACGUCUACUUCACCUCUUAAUAAUAUUAUUUUUAGACAUACAUCACAAUCCCAGACCUACAUCAAGUGCUCUUAAGCGUAAGAAGCAGGAUCACAUGCAACAAAUGUCCUGUGGCAAGCGGGUAAUUCUCAAAGAGCUUAUGUGCCAGAUAUGAGAAACAAACCCCAGUCUCUCGCCACAGAGAGAGCGUUUUGGCGAGACAGAAUGUCUUGCUGUUACACUGCUUGUAGUGACAUCACCCUGCCUGACAGGCAUAAUUGCUACAGAGCCCUUCCCUUCGACUGAACAUGUCCCUGCAUACCCUACUUAUCUGGGCAUAUCCAUGCCUUUUAAUAUAUUGGAGAAUAUUAAAAUGCUGAUGAAGGGGCAAUAAAUUGUAAUGGAACUUGCUCUCCUUAAAGCUUAAACAGCGUUAUAGGUUAUGUGUUUAUAGCAACUUUCGCUGUAGUUGUAAUGAGUCUAACACAUUGACAUAAUGAGGUCAAUGAAAUCAAUGGUGUAAAGAAAAGAAAACCUGAUAACCUGUACACUGAUGAUGUCAUCGAAGCAUCAUUUGUCUAUAGUAACACAAAUGCAACCGUUGUAGGAGACAUAAUAAAACAGGCAAAGCUCAGGAAGGAUACUGGCCUGCUGCAUAUGAGGAUAUGCUAAUGGGAUGCUGAGAUGAAACCCAAAUAAAUUACAAUCGGUUGAUAAAUGAGGCCCAUUGUGACAAAUGUAUGUUGCAUAUUGUAACAAACAGUCGAUUUAUUGGCUCAAGCUGUAACAGCAAUAUUUGGCAAAUGCCUUUUUUAUCAUUUAUCAAUAAAGCUUUUCACUUGCUGAGUUGAGACACCCAAACAAUCAAAUAUAGUAUUUUGCCUCUGCCUUUUGCUUAAUAGCCAGCUGUUUUUAUGUAUGGGAUAUUUAACCAUUUUCCUGGUCCUAGGAUUAUAGAUACAGCUUUCCAUCAAGUGAAUAAAACCUUGAUAGUGAUGAUGUUUGAUGUCCAUACAUGUGUAUAUUUUCUAAUGAAUAUAUUUAUGCCAAUGAAUUGGUCCCAGCCCUAGAUUUGGAAGAGUGAAAAUGUGAUUCAAAGUUAACCUUUGGUUUUGGGAGUGACAUUUGAACAGAAUGUCUUCAUGAAUAAUAACAAAUAUUAGUGCUGGACUUGGAUAUUAGCAGUGCACCAAUCCCCUCUUAUCCAAGUUUUCUUAUCGUUAAAUGGUCACAUUAUCAUAGCAAUGCUUGAUUAUACAUGAAAAGUUCACUGAGAAGUUGUACAUAAAACAGCACGGCCACCACAAGCUUAGGAGGUUGCUAUGAUUAUGAAUGUGUAACUUCAGUGAAACUUUGUAAUUUGGUAUUCAAUUGUUUAUGACUGGAGAUACAUAAGGUGAAUGGUGACAUUGUGGCCUGGUACAUUUUCAAAAAUAUUCUGUGAAAUACCUAUUCAUGAAUAAAGCUUAUUAAUUUUUUAGGAUUUAAUUAAGUUGCAUAAUAUGGUGAAGAUGUUGUAAGAGGUGUUUGGCAUUGGACAUAUUUCCAAUCAUUAUUGGUUUCUCCAACUUCCAUGACCUUUGUGUCGCAGCUGUGUCAGAAUUACCAAAUGAAGUGUGCUGUGCAGAAUAUGGAAAAACAAAACAUGCAGAAUUAAUCAAGGUUAGCUGUAACUGCUACAAAUAUGGCUUUGAGGAAGCUGACAUUUUCUCACAGAGCAUUGGAUUGUAAUACUCGGCUGAUGUUACGAUUGCUUUGUCCCUUAAGAGUUUCUUCCGAGUACUGCUUUUGUGUUCCUUUUGAUACAUUCUUUUUGUUGUGUGCGGGUCACCAAUGUAGUGAAUAAGUAUUCAGGGGCUUUAGAUUUAAUAAACAUGUUUUUUUCUCCCAUCCUCCAGUCUUCAAAUUCAUCCACAUUUAAAAUGCCUACUUCUCACAGGGACUUAAAGUAAUUAGGGUUGAACUGUUUUUUGAAUUUUAGAUUAACUUACAAAUUUAACGGUGCUAUUGGCUGUCAGGUUGAUAUUUAUUAUGGUAUUUUAGGAAUUCUGAAACAUUUCCGACAGUGUUUUAGUUGAAAGAUUCAGGCAGAAGAUGUUAAAAAUGGCAUUGAAUUGUUACUAUGAAACCCCAAGGUGAAACAGAAUCUAAGACUGAGAAUCUUAGGCAGAUGCCUUGAGGGUUAAAUUAUGUCAUGACUAUCCCAGUUACAAGUGAUGGUGUACACACUGUGGCUCGUGGCAAAAGCCAAAUGUGAAACAUUUGAUUUGGUAAUCGUUUUUUUACAUUUUCACUAAAUCUGGAUGAUACGUGACACCUUCAUAUAUAUGAGAAAGACAGAACAGCUACAUACAGAUUUCAUUAAGGCUUGCAGUAUGAUACCACUAAUUGCUACAUGACACCUUCAUAAGACAUCGUAAUGUAGUCCUUGCAGCUUUACAAUUUCAGUAUGCUUCUAGAUAUAUAUACACCCCCCAUACAGUACGUACAUCACAAGAUAUUCAUUUCUGUUAUGCCAUCUGGCCACAAGCAGGAACCUUUAUUUUUACAAAUGGUUCUGUGCUAUAUUUUGCUGGUUUUCCCAUCUAUUAUGGUUUCAUAUUAGUUUGAAUAAAUACUUUUCUAUGUGUGUGAGCACGCAUUCAUUCACUGCAUUCACUUGUAAAUACUGCUAGGAUUCUGGCAUUUUAUUAUUUCAUAGGACUACCAUGCACCUCAUGAGUUUUUGUUAUAGCAAAAAACCAGGCAUUUGAGAAUAACCGGUGGGCAAUAAGGAUUUUUUUAAUAAACUAGUGAACCUGGGAUUUAAAGCAAUGGUUCAUUUACAGUACUCUUUUUGGAUUUACCGCAAAGCAAACCUCAAAUGGGAACAGGUCUGCACCAUUCUUCCGGGGCCAAACAAACAGGGAUAAUAACUCAUUUGCAGUAAGUAGCUCCUUGAAUAAACACUGACGAAGCUGUGUACUAUCCCGAGAGAUUUACUCAGCUGCUUGCAACCUCUGCAGUAUAUCUUUCUGUGUGCACUCACAAGCUCUCUAGUCUAUUAGUAUAUCUACCUUCCUCUGAAGGCUAUAGGUAUGGGCUGUGUAAACCUUUUUUGUUGGUAUCCUAAUCCCUAAAACCAAUGCCCAUGCAUCCCUUAUGUGCAUUAUGGGAGACGAUCAUUUUACUGCAUGUAUUGAACAGCAGUGUUGGUAACAAGUACUGGCAGCCUUCUUUCGUCUCCUACCUCACCUUCUAAAGCCUAAAUGGCUUUCUGUUUUUGGUCAGGUGUUGACCAGCAGCACUAGCCCCAAAAUUAUACUCAAAAGUAGGUGACAGUGAUGGUAGCUAGCUAGUUGUUAUAUGUCUUCAUCUGUGUGAGCUGACAGUAUGGCUAACUUGCCUAUAGUCUUUCAGUGUAUUUGGCAGCAAACCAACUAGCCAGUAUGGCUCUUUUAUAUGUACAAUGAUGCAGCUUUACCUUUCUCUAGAUUCAUUUUGCUCCCUGUUUUACACUUAUUUUGGGUACCAUGUAUUACUGAAUAAUGCAUCAGUAUAGUGCAUCUGAACCUCCAGCCUGAUGUGGUACAUUUCCUGCUUGUCCACGAUAAUCUCAUUGUGUUUCUAUAGUGUAGGACUGAAGGAUUUCUUCUACUGUCAAAUAGUAUUCUUUUAACCCGGUGGCAUCAAUCUAAAGUGACCAUAGAAAAUGAAAAGAAAUUACAUUUAUAAUCCAUUCCAAAUAAAGAGGCCUUGAUCUAUAGCUAUAUUUAUAUAUAAUAAUGGAAUGCUUUUUGUGGGGAACUAGGUGUAGAUGAGAGGAGCUGAGGGGUUAGCUUCCUAGCAAAAUGGGAAAAAAUCAAGUGCAAUGAAACCCUUCAUACACAUGCUAGUUAUGAACAUUAACUAAUAAAAAAAGUCAACAUUCUUUGGCCAAGGCAGACAUAUUUCACAAAUCAGACUAGGCUGCUCUUGUAAAGUAAUUAACAUAACUCAAUUAAAGUACGUUUAAUGAUAUAAAACAUGUUGCAUUGAAUUAGCUCAUAUGAAGUGGCUAUUAAUAUGUGUGCUAGACCAUGAGGGUUGUCCUUCAUAAUAUGAGACAUAAGUGAUGAUGUCCAAUGUAUGCGCAUAAGUGAUGAUGUCCAAUGUAUGCGCAGUGCAUGCUUAAAUGUGCUCUUUGAGCCUGUUAAAAUGGCAGUGCUCAACAUAAUCACGCUAGACAACUUUUUCAAGUGUGUUACAAAGCAUUGUGAAUGCAUUGCGUGGCUGUUUUGUUGUUCUCAUGACGGCAUUGAGUUAGCUUUAUGAAGGGUAAUGAAUGUAAAGCAUUACCAAACAGUUUGCAGGAGAAUCGUUUUCUCUGAAAGAUCUCCCUUGGCGUUGAUAUUUGAGCCAUAGCAUAUAGGUAAUAUUUUUAUUUUGUUUUUCAGGGUUUUUCUCUCCUAGGUUUUCCUCUAUGGUUCCCUCUCCCUUUUUAUUUUAUUUAUUUUACAGGUAUUCUUUAAAUUCUGUCAUACACUGUUGUCUUUUGGUCAUUUAUAUGGUAGGUACAAUAAGACAUUUGCAAUAUGUGUAACUAUUUGGAGUAUUAAAUUGUAGUUGGAUGUUUAUUUGUGUGGAGAAUGUGGAUGACUUUGCAUUGUUUGAAGUUUAUAGAUGAUUUCAUACACAUGUAUUUCUUGGAUUUACAGAGGUCAAAAACAAAAGUUUCAUACUUCUGCGAAUGACAACUGGGGAACAUUUUUCAGAAUAAAAAAAAUAAAUGAAUAUAAUGCA